AUUCUCCGGCGACGACUCGCUUCGAUCUCCAGUUUCGUUUGAUUCAUACGAUCGUCUCUUUGGAAAUGGAGAUCCAAACCCCUCAGAUCGGUUCGUGCUCCAAAGAAGUCCAGAAAAUGUAUAAAGAAUGGUUCGAGGUGGCUGAUUCAGAUAAUGAUGGCCGCGUCACUGGAAAUAAUGCAAUAAAGUUUCUUUCUAUGUCCGGUUUAUCUCGACAAGAUCUCAAGCUGAUAUGGGCGAUUGCGGAUUCCAAGAGGCAGGGAUAUCUAGGUUUCAAAGAAUUCAUCUGUUGUAUGCAGCUGGUUUCGCUUGCACAAGGUGGUCAUGAAAUAUCACAUGAUAUCCUCCUCAAGGGUGAUGUGGACUUUGAGAAUAUCAAACCUCCUAGAAUGGAAGGUUUGGAUGAAUUAAUUGAGAAGAAGAAAGAUCCUUUGUAUUCGAAUAAACUCGAAAGCGACGGUGGUUCUCUAAAACCAGCACCAAUUACAUUUCAAUGGUUUUCUUCAAAACCAUCACAGAAGUUUUUGUCCCAUGUGACUUCAGUCCAAGAUGGCUUAAAGAAACUGUACAAUCAAAAGUUAAAGCCAUUAGAAGUUGCAUAUUGUUUUAAUGAUUUUGUGUCCCCAUUGUUGACGAACAGUGAUUUUGAUGCCAAGCCAAUGGUUAUGCUCUUGGGUCAGUAUUCCACUGGGAAAACGAGCUUCAUUAAACACUUGCUUAAGUGCAGUUAUCCAGGAGCUCACAUUGGACCUGAACCAACGACAGACAGAUUUGUUGUUAUUAUGUCGGGAACUGAUGAAAGAAGUGUGCCAGGAAAUACUAUAGCAGUUCAAGCUGACAUGCCAUUUACUGGUCUCAAUACUUUCGGAACUGCAUUUUUGUCAAAAUUUGAGUGUUCUCAAAUGCCGCACCAUCUCUUGGAGCACAUAACAUUAGUAGAUACACCAGGAGUGUUGUCAGGAGAAAAACAGAGAACACAAAGAGCCUAUGAUUUUACAGGCGUGACUUCAUGGUUUGCUGCCAAAUGUGAUCUUAUUCUUCUUCUCUUUGAUCCUCACAAGCUAGAUAUAAGUGACGAAUUCAAGCGUGUUAUUUAUUCUUUGCGCGGUCACGACGACAAGAUUCGUGUCAUUUUCAACAAGGCCGACCAAGUUGAUACUCAACAAUUAAUGAGACUUUAUGGAGCCUUAAUGUGGUCACUAGGGAAAGUCCUCAACACUCCUGAGGUUGUGCGUGUAUAUAUUGGAUCAUUCAAAGACAAGCCCGUGAACGAAGAUUUCACGGGUCCAAUCGGGAAAGAAUUGUUCGAGAAAGAACAAGGAGACCUUCUUUCUGACUUGAAAGACAUACCAAAGAAGGCUUGUGAUCGUCGAAUAAAUGAGUUUGUGAAACGUGCUAGAGCAGCCAAGAUACAUGCUUAUAUCGUCAGCCAUCUUAAGAACGAAAUGCCUGCAUUCUUUGGGAAAGCUAGUACCCAACAGAGACUAACUGAUAAUUUGGAAGACGAAUUCGUAAAGGUUCAAAGAGAUCAUCACCUACCUCCAGGGGAUUUCCCGAAUGUGGAAACUUUUAAGGAGAUAUUGAGGGGUUACAGCUUUGACAGAUUUGAUAAGCUGAAGCCUAAAAUGAUUCAAGAUGUUGAUGACAUGUUGGGUUAUGACAUCCCCGAUUUGUUGAAGUCUUUAAGGAAUCCUUAUGAUUAAUUAGUCUUAAUUAAUCCA